CGAGCAAAAACUGCAGUUCCCACUUCAGGGAUGGAGAUAUUUUCUUUUAAUUUAACAAGGUCAUUGUGGUGCCUCCUUGGAAAAGUGGGUGGGGGUGAGGGGGUGAGCUGGUUUGGCUUCUCCUGAUGCUGUGCCAUCGGAGGGAUGCUUGGCAAGAGGAUGAACAGUAAGGCCGCUUACAGCCCGUAUUCUGCUGAACUACGGAGGAAAGUCUCCAAAGCUGGAGGAAACGUUCUGGAUUCUGUCUCCUUCCGAGCUAGUGUCUGGCUUAAGGAGCUUCCACGGCGAGAUGGCCUGGAUGCAUCAACUUCCAGCCUGUUGGAUUUGUCUUCCUUGGCCACAGCAGCUACACUGAAGCGUCCCACUAGUCUCAGCCGCCAUGCCAGUGCAGCGGGAUUCCCCCUGGCCCCUGCUAUUCCCAGAGGUCUUGCCAAAGCUCACAAGCCUCAUAGUACCUGUAGUCCCAAUGAAAUCAGUGAAGGGAGCCUGGCAGAACCAGAGGACAUUUCACAGCUGCUUGCUGAAGUGGCUUGCUUUGCAGAGCGCCUGGAGAAGCUGAAGGACGUUGUCCUGCAGGAGGAUGGCCUAGAGUCUCGACGGUCGCUCGCCCAUGAGUGUCUCGGAGAAGCCUUACGGAUUCUUCGGCAAGUCAUUAGCAAAUACCCACUGCUCAACACCUUGGAGACCUUGACAGCAGCAGGAACCCUCAUCUCUAGGGUCAAAGGUUUCCACUAUGAGUUGAACAAUGAAGCUGAAAAACAUGAAUUUGAAAAGGCCGUGGAGUUGAUUGCCGUCUCCUUCAGUAGCACUGUCUCUGAAUUCCUCAUGGGAGAGGUGGACAGUAGUACCAUCCUUUCAAUUCCUCUGACUGACCAGAAUCAGUCGGUAGAAAAUCUGUAUGGGGGGAUUACUAGUUUGGGACCAGAAGACGUGCUGAACAGUAAGGAAGAUUUCAGUUCAGUGCGCCUGUCGGGAGAAGAGGUGGAUGUGCUUCUUCAGAAGUGUGAAGGAGGGGUGGGCUUUGCCCUUAAUUAUGCCAAGAACAUUUCCAAAUACAUGAAGGAUCUCAUCUACUAUAUGGAGAAGAGGACGGUUCUGGAAACUGAGUUUGCCAAAGGGCUUCAGAAGAUAGUGAACACCUGCAAACAAACCAUCAAUCAGGAGCCCUCCAUGCCGUUCCUCUCCAUCUACUCGCUGUCCCUGGAGCAAGACAUGGAGUACGGCCUCAGCUCCCUGCAAGCUGCUAACACUUUGCGGACUGAAACGUACCUGCAGCCCCUGUCCCUGAGGCGCCUGGAGCAUGAAAAGCGGCGGAAGGAGAUUAAGGAGCAGUGGCACCGUGCCCAGAGGAAGCUGCAAGAGGCGGAGAACAACUUGCGCAAGGCCAAGCAGAUGUAUAUGCAGCGCUCGGAGGAGUGUGAAAAGGCCCGGCAUGUAAUGGCCAAAGCAGAAGAGGAUCAGCUGGGGGCUAGCAGCAGCUCUGCCACCUUGAAGACCUUGGACAAGAAGCGACGGCUGGAAGAAGAGGCCCGGAACAAGGCCGAAGAGGCCAUGGCGACUUACCGGACCUGCAUUGCAGACGCCAACACACACAAGCAGGAGCUGGAGGACACCAAAGUGACCGCACUUCGGCAGCUCCACGAGGUGGUCAAGCAGAGCGACCAGGUCAUAAAGUCGGCUACCAUUUCCUUCUACCAAAUCAUGCAUAUGCAGACAGCCCCGCUGCCUGUCUAUUUCCAGACGUUGUGCGAGAGCAGCAAACUCUAUGACCCUGGGCAACAGUACGCCUCUCUUGUCAAGCGGUUGCAGCGGGGAGACGAACCCGAGACACAGUAUGAUUUUGAGCCCUACGUGUCAACCAACAACUGGUCUCCGGUGACUCGGGUAAGAAAAGGCAGUCACAGUACUACUGAAGUCACAGGGGCAAAUAGCUCCGACACACCCAGCAAAGACGGAACAGCCUCUGAGGGCGAUGCAGCCGCAGGGCGAGAGUCACAGAACCAUCUCACCCAGCUUGAAAAACGAGGUGGGCGAGGUCACCAGGUACACAAGUCAUGGCCGACAGCCAUCACGGAGAGCAGGGACAGUCUGGAAUCCUCUGCCACAAGCUCAGGUGAGUUUCCUCAGAAGUUCCAGCAGACGCCUCCAAAUGGAUCGCUGUCCCCUGGAGAUGACCAAGUUGGAAAUUCACCUUCCUUUGAACAGAGUAUUAAUGAAAUGACUCCAGGAAUCUCUCCGCCCACUGGCCCUUUCCGGCAUUUCAGCUUGUCCAAAGCCGCCCAGACCCACCGGCUGAGGAAGCUGCGGACCCCCUCCAAGUGUCGGGAAUGCAACAGCUACGUCUACUUCCAGGGAGCUGAAUGUGAAGAGUGUUACUUAGCCUGUCACAAGAAAUGCCUGGAGACGCUGGCCAUUCAGUGCGGACACAAGAAACUUCAGGGCAAACUGCAGCUCUUCGGGCGGGACUUUGCCCAGGCUUCCCACACUGGCUCCGAUGGCGUCCCCUUCAUUGUCAAGAAGUGCAUCAGUGAGAUCGAACGGCGGGCCAUGAAAACCAAAGGCAUCUAUCGUGUUAACGGGGUGAAAUCCCGUGUGGAGAAGCUCUGUCAGGCCUUUGAGAACGGGAAAGAGCUGGUUGAGUUGUCUCAGGCCUCACCGCAUGAUAUCAGCAACGUGCUGAAGCUCUACCUUCGUCAGCUCCCAGAACCAAUCAUGCCCUUCCGGAUGUACAACAGCCUUAUGGGGUUGGCCAAGGAGACCUUGCAGGGUAGGUCUGACAGCAGGGCAGGGAGAAGCACUGGUGAGCCGGUGGACAGAAGCAGCGGGGCAGAGAAAGUCGUGGUAGCGAAGCUGAAGGAACUGCUAAAAGAACUUCCACCCAAGAACCUUGCCACCUUGAAGUGCAUCGUGCAGCACCUGAAGAGGAUUAUAGAACUGGAAGAUGAUAAUAAAAUGUCUUCUAGCAACCUGGGAAUCGUCUUUGGCCCCACGUUAAUGCGCCCCCGGCCCACCCAGGCUACCAUCUCCCUCUCUUCCUUGGUUGAUUACCCCCACCAGGCCUGCAUUGUUGAGGCACUCAUAAAUUUCUAUGCUGCUAUCUUUGAAUCCAAUGGCGUAUUUCCAGAUGGCUCAGAAGAAACAACCAGGGAAGAUGAAGAGUUGGUCAGGAACCAGGAGGAUGAAGGAACGGAAGCCCACAGUGAAGCCCAGUAUCUUGAGGCAACCUCUGAGCAGACAGAAGCCGCUCUUCAUGAAGAUGCAUACAAAGAACCCGACACUCCCUUUAUCGAUUCGGAUUCUGAUCCAGAAGAUGGCACAGAUGCAGCCAUUGAAGGAGUCCCACAGGCCAGCUCAGGUCCAGGAGGCAGUGAGACCAGUGGUGAGGAGGAAAGCCCACCUGGUGAGGAAGCGGUCCUGAGGCAGAGACACAGCGUGGAACAAUCAGACCCUGAGGAUGCUUCACCUCGACCUCACCUCAGCCCAGCAGAAAGCUGCUGGGAGGCAGAAGGAGAUGCUGUCUUCAGGAGUGGAGGUGAUGAGGAGAACAGUGACAGGAAGGUUGAAAGUCCUCUGGUGGACCUCAACACCAACCAGUCCAACAACUCUGUUUUCUCACGCUUGUUGUUCAGCUAAGAAUGCAUUUCCAGCUUCCUGGCAUAAAGAGAAAAUUAUGCCAUGAUCAGUUGAGGGAAGCAGCAAGUCCUUUAAGGGUAGAGAUGGACCAGGAAGAGAUGGCCCUCAAUUGCUUUCACGAAGUCAUCCUUUGGAAGCCUUCUCAUCUUCUAGGCUCCUUAUGUUUUUUAAUAGCCUGCUUUUAAAUGCUUUGUUAAUACCAAAAUGACAUCUGGGGACUCUCUGUGGGAAGAGGCAGGGAGGAGGCUAUGCGAGGAGAGACAUUAAGGCCCACAGAUACUGGAAAGACCUCUGUAACAUCAAAAUUUUUGUAAAACGCCUUUCUCUAACCCAGAGUUUCUCAACCUUGGCAGCUUGAGGAUGUGUGGACUUCAACUCCCAGACUGGCUGUGGAAUUCUGGGAGUUGAACUCCACACAUCUUCAAGUUGCCAUGGUUGAGAAACACUGCUCUAACCUAAUGCCCUCCUGAAAUUUUGGAUCUCAGCUCCCAUCCUUCUUCAUGUCUACUAAACAAGGGGAGCGGCAGGUUGAGGAAUGUUCUUUAAAAGAACAGCCACAAAUACCAUCACUUUGCACUCCCUCCCAUUCCUGAGGUUCCAUCCCUUUCAGGAAACAAUACACCCGUUUUGAUCCUACGUCUUUACAUGUGUUUGUUUAAACAUUAGCAGAUUAUAUCUGUUUUUAAGGAAAACCACUUCAGGAUGCUAUUUUAAAAAUCAGGGUACAGAGAAAAUACUCAGUUAUGAACUUUGCUGGAUGACAGAUUACUUGAAGGCUGCAGUCCACAUGUGCAAAUCCUACUGAAGUCUUAGGACCAGGUUUGGGUUGCUGAUGUGAAAGGAUCCUAUCAGGAAAUGGGGUGGAGGUGGGAGAAGGCAAUAUCCUUAUUGCACAGCUGUAUGAAAGGAAGUGCCAGUAUAGCCAACUGAAUGUCUGGGCUGUAUAUUAGGAGUGUUGUACAAGUAGACCUUGCUUACCAACCGCCUCCUUUAGCAACCGUUCAAAGUUACAAUGGCUGAAAAAGUAAUUUUAUGACCAGUCCUCACAUUUACAACCGUCACAGCAUCCCACGGUCACAUGAUCACCAUUUGUGUGCGCUUCACAAAUGGCUUGCGACAAGCAGUCAAUGCAGAAGGAAGCAGUAAAAUCAGAAGUCACGGUUACAUGAUGUUUCACUUAACAACUGCGGUGAUUUGCUUAACGAUCACAGCGGAAGUGAGGUGGUAAGUCUGUCACAGUCCUGUGAUGUUUCGCUUAAUGACCGUGGUGCUUAGCGACAGAGUUGCUGGUCCCAGUUGUGGUUGCUAAGCAAGGACUACCUAUACUCUGAAGUGGGAUCUACUGGAGAAAUCCACCAUGCUGCCCAGUCCGCCAGUGUUCAUACCCUGUGAAGCCGCCUGAGAUCUAGCAGAAAUGCAAGGUUUUUGUCCGGUAGACACGCUUAAGCCACCUAAACAGCUUUUAGAACCACUGUGGAUGAUUUGAAGACAUUUCAUAAUAAAGGCCUAGCAGAACUGCUAAAUCACCUUUAAGAUUCUGUUGUACAUAACAGGGUUAUAGCAUUCAGCUAAAGCAAAGGCACAUCAUACUUACCUGUGAAGAAUGAAACCACUGCAAGAAGUCUUGCCUUCUGGAGAAAGCUGGAACGGUAGCACACAGCCAAGAGACUCUCGGCAUUUUCUUGAGGUGUGGAUGGGGAAAGUGAGUGAAUAAAGUUGAAGUGCAAGUCUUCAACCACCGCUUGUAUUUAUACAUAGGUAUGUAUGAGUAAGCCUAUUUUAAUGAGAUGCUUGUUUCCUUUUAAACUGCUGUAUACAAUUCUGUUUGUGUGAGACUUGUUAUCAAAAAAUAAAGGCAACUAUAUUUGGGAAAGUGAU